AUGUCCGAUCUCGAGUCGCGAGUUGCAGCGCUCGAGAACGAGAAGCGCAAGCUUCUUGAAAGCUGGCAACGUGAGCGUGAAGCCAACGCUCAGAAGCAGGAUGAACUCGAGUCCCUUCAACAGCGGCACCAAUCUGUGCGCUCAGAGCUCGCCUCGACGGUCCUUGCACUCGAGCGUGCCCAGUCCUCUGAGAAUAACAGCAAGUUUCGCACGCAUGCUCUAGAGCAGGAGCUUGCUCUCGCGCAGAAAGAUGCCGAAUGGGCUCGUAAAGAGCUGGCGCGAGAGCACGAGGUGUCGUCGGCCACGCGUGCAGAUCUGCAUGCACGUAUCGUCCAGGCAGAAUCGGCGCGCGAUCUGGCCGAGCAGGCACGUACAUCGGCUAGAGCGCAGCUAUCGCAUGCGGAACGUUUACUUACGGAGGCACAGACGCGUUAUGCUGAUGCUACUCGUACUAUUUCUGAUCUGCGUGCACGUAUUGCAUCGCAGGAGAACGAGGCGACGGUUGAACGCGCCGCUGCAGAGCAGGCAUCACAGCUCGCUGACGUGCGUGUGACGCGUGCUGAGCGACGUGCUGCUGAGCUUGAAGCCAGUUGUGAUGCCCUCGUCUCGGAAUGUGCAGCGCGCGAGCGUGCUGCCCGGGCAGAAGUGGAUGAGGCGUCAGCGGAACGCCAAGUGCUUCUGGAUGAGAAGGCACGAUUACAAGAGGCGCUGGACCGUUUGGCUGAGGCACUUGGUGUUAAUGCCGAUGGCUCUGCAGCUGCGACGCCGUCUCGUGCUGCGGCAUUUGCAUCGCAUAUCCAGCAAGACGGAAAGAGCUUUAGCGAUGUGUAUACCGACCUUGUACGCACACAAGAAGAACUGCGCCGUGAACGUGAAGAGACCGGACGUCUGGAAGGUGUGCUGGCUGAAGUCAUGGCUGAUCUCGAUGCACAUGCGCCUCAGCUUAAAGCACAGCGUGAAGAAGCAGCCCAGCUGCGCCAGGACCUCGAUGCGAUUUCUGAUGAGCUACAGGACGCGCAGACGGUGCGUGCCGAGGCGGAAGGCCAUGCACAGGAUGCGAAUGCAGAACUGGAACGUGUACAGCGCGAAUACGAGUUGGUCUCGCAGCAGCUGGAUGACGCGACGGCACAGGUCCGUACUCUGCUGCGUGAGACCAUUGUGCUGAAGGACCCAUCCGCUGCCGAACGUCUUGACGAGGAUCAGCCAGGCGAUGUUUCUGGCGUCCAAGACGUCAUUACCGAAGAGCUUGUGACGUUCCGCUCGCUUUCUGAGCUGUGUGCGCAAAAUGCGCGUCUCCUACAGACAGUGCGCGAGUUGGGCCAACGCCUGGAGGCACGUGAUCCUCGUGACGACGAGCUGCAGCAGGCGGCCGAUAUGCUGGAAAAGGUCACGGAUGAGCUGCAUACCGAGCGCGAGAUGUUGGCCGAGGUGCAACAGGAGCGUGAUAUGUACCGCGACGUAUGUGUAGCACGUGGUCUGGACGUCCAUGAGCGGCCGCCUGUGGUCGAGGCGGCGACAGCUGAGCCUGAAACUCCUCCUGCUGUUCUUGCGGACCUUCGCCGCGAAGCAGCCGCACGUGCGGCUGCGGAAGAGCGUGUGCACAUGUUGCAGGAGUCGGCUAAGUUCCAUGAGUCGCGGCUGGCGGAUGCUGUUGCGCAUACGGAGCGCAUCCACGCGCUCCUUGAUCGUCGCGAGUCGGCACUGCAAGAGGCUGAGCAGGCUUUGGCCAAGUUGCAGGCCACCGCCCAUGAAGCUCAGACGCAUCUGGCAGCGAAGGAGGCCGAGCACCGCCUGGUCACAGAGCAGCGUGAUCGGCUGCUGGAUGAGAAUGCAAAGCUCGGCCUGGCCAAGGCCGAGGCUGAGGCAGCGGCGCGAUCUGCUCACCAGGCGGACGCUGCAUCAGCAAUGGAGAAGUCUUCGCAGACUGAACGUCUGCAGGCGGAAAUCGCCGCGCUUCAAGCGGCAGCGGCCGUGCACGAGUCGAAGCUUACUGAGGCACGUACGGAAGCGACACAUGCGUCGCUACGUCGUGAUGUCGAGACUCGUGAGCUGCGUGAGCGGCUGGACGUAUUGAGUCAGCAGCAUGCGGCCGCGCGUGAGGCCCUUGUGACUGCGCAGGCGAAUGUGCAGCACAGUGAGCGCCGCAUUGACGAUCUCCUCUCGCAACUAGAGCAUGCACGCAAUGUCGCUGCCCUGCUCGAGAAGCAGCAUGCUGCUGCCGAAGAGAGUCGUCGUGCAGCUGUGGCUGCUGCUCUGGGCGGUACGAACGACUCGCAGCUCUCGCCGGAGCGGCAGCUGGAGAUGGAGCUGGCCGAUGUGCGUCGUGGACGUGCAGCAGCGGAGGCGGAUACCCUGGCGGCCAAGGCGGCGCAAGCCGAGGCUGAAAGCGCGCAGGCGCGCAUCGCUACCGAGCUGGCGGACACCCAGAAGGCAUUAACAGAGGCGAACGAGGCCAAGGACACCGCUCUUGCGGAGAAGGCGUCGGCUGAUGCCGCAUGGCAGACACGCUGGGAUACCUUGGAGGCGCAGCGUGCCGAAUUGAACAGCCAAGUGUCCGCCCUGCAGACCAAGUUGGAAGAGCAGGCGUCUGCGCAUGCCGCAGAGAAGCGCGAGCUGGAAGACACGCUAGCCGGCCUCAAUGCCGCCGAGGCGGAAGAGGUGAAGGAGCAGGCGUCGGCAUGGGACGAAGUACGCAAGUUCUCAAUGCAGGCCAAGGAAGCGACGACCCGAGCAGAGGAGCUUGUGCAAAUCAAAGAGGCGUUGGAGCAGGAGCUUGGUCGUGCACGUUCCGACGCUCAACGUGUACGUGAAGAGAUGGAGAAGGUAAGGACGGCCAAGGAUGUGCUUUCUGCGGAACACAACAAGGCUGUGGUCGAUGCGGAAGACAAGAUUCGGGCGCUUGAGAAGACCGCUGAGCAGCUUCGUGAGCAGCGUGACGAGCUGCAGCAGCAAAACAACCAACUCCAUGAGCACCUCGAAGGUGUGACACAGCAAGUGGCAGCGCUCGGCACCGCUUCGUCCGACGUGCCCAUGGCGAUCGACGACGUUACCGAUACCUCCACAGACGCAGCCGCGGCUCCUAAGGUGGAGGACGGCGCAUCGUCCUCGACACCUACGGCUAGUGAGCUUCAAGUAAUUCGGUACUUGCGCCGUGAAAAGGAGCUCAGGGAGCUUCAGCUGGAUAUGGCCGUGCAGGAACGCACGCGCAUUGAGCAUGCGCUGACCAAGACCCAGGAGACGCUCGAGGCUACACGUGCUGAACUGACGACGGCACGUGAAUCUGCCUCGGCACCUAGUGGACAGUACGCGGAGCUCUUGGAGAAGAUCAAUGAGCUAAGCACGCUGCGUGAGCAUGUCACUACUCUCGAAGAGGCCAAGCAGGCUGUCGAGUCACGUAACCAAUCGCUCGAGGCGCAGCUGCAGCAAGCUCAGACUGAUCUGCAGCCACACCGUGAUGAGCUGCAGAAGGCGAAGGUCGAGCUAGAGACGGCUCAGAGCCAGCUCCGUGUGGUACAAGACGAUGUUACGCGCUGGAAGAAGCGGGCAUCCGGUCUGCUGCAGACAAGUGGUGUGGAAGAGGAGCUGAAGAAGGCGGAGAAAGAGCGUACCGAAGCACAGGAGCAAAUCGCUGCCGCGAAAGCUGAGUUAGAGAAGGAAACCACUCGACUCACUGCUGAGCUGCAGACGGCCAACAAGAAGUUCGAGCAGUUGCGUGAGCAAGUACGUGCACGCAUUACGCAAGAACGUCGUGCUGUGGCGGAGGCCGUGGAGAAAGCGAAUCAGCUCGAAAAGGAUAUGUCGGCCAAGGCCGCCGAGGCCGAGAAGGAGAAAGAGGCUCUGCAGGCCAAGAUCGAUGAGCUCACGACACAAGUCAAUGAGGCUACGAAAGCGGCUGACGAAGUGCCUGCGACGGCGGCUGACGCUACGGCCGAGUCAGCGGCGGACGGAACGGAGAAUGCCGAUGCGGCCCCUUCGACUGAACCUAAAGCUGAAGAUGCAUCAGAGACCUCGGACGAGACGAAGCCUGACCUCAAAGAGCUUGAAGAGCAGCUGCGCGUGAAGACCGAGGAGUGUGAGAAGCACAAGCACUUUGCUCGUACAUUCUUGAAGGACAAGCGCGCAGCAGAAGCCCAAGUGAAAGCGCUGACAGAGCAGCUCGAAGAAGUGCAGAAGAAUGUUUCCGCUUCUACGGCUGACAAGGUGGGCGAAACUACCGAGGCUGUGCAGGCAAGUGAGCCGGCGACAACGCCAGCCACCGAAACACAGCCCAAGACAGAAGACGGUUCUGCUGACAACGCAACGGAGCCAUCAGCGGCUACAUCGACUGCGGAAGAUACAGCUGCACAGUUGGCACCGCUUCAAGCACGUAUUGCAGAGCUGGAAAGUCUCUUGGCUACGGCAAAUGGUCGUGUCGCUGAGCUUGAGAAAGAGUUGGAGUCGUCCAAGGCCGAAUACGCCAAGGCCUUAGCAGAGAAGGACGGCGAGCUGGAGACUCUGCGUGCAGGUCCUGAGGCAGCUGUCUCAGCCAAGGAAGCAGAACUUCAAGCUCACUACCAGCCGCUUCUACAGUCGCGAUACGAAGACGGCAAGAAGGAAGCGGCUUUGCGCAACCAGAUCAUGAUCAGUCAGCGUGACAAGAAGAUUGCGAACUUGACCAACGAGCUCAAUGAACUCAAAGGUCAACUUGGUGAUGGCGUAGCCCCAGCCAAAGAUACGAAGCCCGCUGAACAGGACAGCAAAGAAAGUAACAAGGGCACAUCGAAGGACGGAGCUACUCCGACCACGACGCCAUCGCGACCGGCUGUCGUGCGAGGCGGCAAUGCGGCUGCACGUGGCGGACGUGGAGGUGCGGUGGCUCCCAAGCCUGUACCAAUCCGCCCGACUGAGACAUCGAUUCGCGGUGCUGCUUCUGCUCGAGGUACUGCGACACGCGGUCGUGGCGGCGCUAUUUCCAUUGCAGGCGCAGCCAAGCGCAAGCGUGAGCUGAAUACGUCGACAUCCAGCGAAGGUGAGAAGACGCCUACAAAGGCGACAGCUACCAAGAAAUCACGCGCCGAAGGCAAAGGAGAAAAUAGCACAAAUACAAAGUAG